CGGGAUCUGGGAGGGAGUGAAGUCGUUUCCCGCCGGCGGGAGCUCUAGUUUCAGGGCUGACGGUGCUCGUCACUACAGCACCAUGGCAGACCAGCUUUAUCUGGAAAAUAUAGACGAGUUCGUCACGGACCAGAACAAGAUCAUGCUGAACCUGCCUUUGGUAUAAAGAUCACGUGAGGUUGUGGCUGCGGACGCAUUUUGCAAAACCGUGAUGGCUGACUGCCAACUGUAACAUACAAGUGGCUGAGCUAUACACUAGGGGUUCAUGUUAACCAGGCCAAACAGAUGCUGUAUGAUUAUGUUGAAAGGAAACGGAAGGAGAAUUCAGGAGCCCAACUGCAUGUCACCUAUUUGGUGUCUGGCAGUUUCAUUCAGAAUGGACAUUCUUGCCACAAGGUUGCAGUAGUGAGAGAAGAUAAAUUAGAAGCAGUGAAGUCCAAGCUAGCUGUGACUGCCAGCAUCCAUGUGUACAGCAUCCAGAAAGCUAUGCUAAAGGACAGUGGGCCUCUGUUCAAUACUGACUAUGACAUCCUUAAAAGCAACUUGCAGAACUGCAGCAAGUUUAGUGCCAUACAGUGUGCAGCUGCAGUUCCUAGAGUUCCUGCAGAAUCCUCAUCUUCCAGAAAAUUUGAACAGUCAAAUCUUCAGGCAUCAAAUGAGACACCAGCCAAUAAUGAGCUGACCACCAAUGGUCAUGGCCCACCUCCCUCCAAACAGGUUUCCCAGCAGCCCAAAGGAAUUAUGGGAAUGUUUGCCUCUAAAGCUGCUACUAAAACCCAAGAUACCAACAAGGAAACCAAAACAGAGGCUAAAGAAGUAACAAAUGCAUCUUCGGCUGGCAGCAAAGCUCCUGGAAAAGGGAAUAUGAUGAGCAAUUUUUUUGGAAAAGCUGCUAUGAAUAAACUUAAAGUCAAUUUGGACUCAGAACAACCAGUGAAAGAAGAAAAAAUAGUGGAGCAACCUCCAGUGUCUGUCACUGAACCAAAGCUGGCAACUCCUGCAGACCUGAAGAAAUCCAGCAAAAAAGCAGAGCCUGUUAAGAUGCAGCAGAAGGAAAAAAAAUGCAAUAGGGGGAAGCGAAUAGAGUUAUCUGAUGAUGAAACAAAGGAAACUGGAAAUGUGAAGAAAAAGAGGAGAAGAAUCAAACUUCCUCAGUCUGAUAGCAGUGAAGAUGAAGUCAUCCCAGACUCUCCUGGGACUUAUGAAGCUGAGUCACCAUCCCCGCCUCCUCCCAUAUCUCCACCUUCUGAUCCAGUGCCAAAGACUGAGCCUGAACCCUCUUCCGUCAAGAACUCAAGUGGAGAAAACAAAAGAAAACGAAAGCGUGUACUGAAAUCUAAAACCUUUGUGGAUAUAGAAGGCUGCAUAGUGACUGAAAAAUUCUACGAGAGUGAAUCUUGCACAGACAGUGAAGAGGAGUUUAAGACAAAGACAUCCUCUGGACACAGAUCCCCUGCCAUGACUGUGAAAAAAGAGCCCAAAGAGGAACGAAAGAGUCUCAAGAAAGGGGCUGCUGCUCUGGGCAAAGCCAACAGACAAGUGUCCAUUACUGGCUUCUUCCAGAGGAAAUAAACUGCCACCUCUGGUAGGUCAGAGACUUAGAGUGGUCAAAGGAAAGGCCAAGAAGUAUAGACUCUCACUUACUGUGUAAGCCCGUCUGUCAUCUAGCUAAUUGCCUCAACUGCAUCAAGAAACUGUUCUAUCCUGUGAAGUUUAUACUACUACAGUUUUUACUCUAAGUCACCUGGAAACAGAAGGCAAAAGAAUAUUUAAAAAGCUGUUACCUUCUUAAUGACAUUUUAAAAGCACAAACUUAGAAGAAUUCACUACAGAAUUAAAUUUGAACAAGUUCAGAAUUACCCGCUGUGCCCUACUUACCCUUUGCCUUGACCCUCUUACCGUAGCUCAGGAAGAUUCUGUCAGGUUCCUCUGUGUUCUGUGAACUUAUAUGGAUGUUUUUAUCCCUGAAUUCUACUGGAUAUGUUUGCUGUCCCCAACCUCCUUUCCCUACUGUGAUACUUCUGUCCCUUAGUCCCAUAAAGCUGUUUUUUGUAAAUCUUUUAAAUCUUGGUUGAACUAAAAGGUAAAACAAAAAUCUUCGCAUAAUCCUCUUUCUCCAUUAUAGAAUACACCGACACCUGGCUGGAGACCAGGACAUGGCUUAUGUUUUGCCCCUUUCACAAAAUCUCUAGAACUUUGCUUGCUAUUAGUAGUUAGGGACAACCUCAGGCAAAGCACAAAUAGAAAUUUAAUGAUGUAUCCAGCUUCACCAGAAAUUACUUAGAGUCAGCAUGGAUGAUAGAGGAGCUGUCAUGUUGCUGACAGGAGGAGUUAUAUACUAUGGCAUUGUGGUUUCCUGCUGCCCUACUGUCAGUACCCGAGAGUGAAAGCUGUACAGUGAGAUAAAGAUUAAAAAGUGUUUCUACAAGGCUGGGGAUUUAGCUCAGUGGCACUGCGCCUGCCUCACAAGUCCAAGGUCCUGAGUUCAAUCCCUGGUACGAAAAACAAAAAAGUGUUUCUACAUGCAUUGUACAACAUUAUAGAGAAUUUCUCCCUCUCAAGGAAAUGAGAUGUUCAGAAACAGCAGUUUCUAAGGAAGGUAAUUAAUGAAGAACUUGGGGCACAUAUUUAUACACAGAUGUUGCUCCUUUGUAUUUUCAACUCCUCAUCUGCCUAACAGUACAAGUAUCCCAAGAAGAAAUGGAGAGGCUGAGUGAUUAGUAGGUCGAAACAGUACGUACAUUUUCCUUAGUACAUACUUGUGGAAAAUCAUUUAUUCUGAUAACUUUCAAGCAACUCCCAUUACGGCUGAACAGGCAGAUCAGUGCGUGGAGGUGGUGUGGCAGUGAGCUUGCACAGUGAGCUCUGGGGAAGGGAACACAGGCUCAACUGCUGACGUAACUCACCCAUAGCAGAUAAAGGAUGUCUGACCCACUUCUUCCGCCUCAGCCUGGUGUAUGUCAUAAGUGAUGCAGUCGGGUGUCUACUGUUGAAGGUUAGGACUGUAACUGACUUUGGGAUUCAAACAAGCUUCUUUAGCAACCGAGUAUGGACUUCAUUAAAAGACCAGAGGCUUGGUCCUGGCAUUAUGUCUAGGAUUGAGAAGGCAGAGGUUUUGUGUAGCAAGCUGAGUAAAGGUUGACAUACUCCAAAACCCUUUCUAUUUAAAAUGAAAAAAGAGUGGAAAGCCUGGACUUAAAGCUUGACAAAAAACUUCUGGAGAAGAAUCCUUUUUAAAUGGUUAUUUUUGUCAUUGCCUCUAGACAUUUUUUUCUAAAUAGGAAUGGAAAAUUAAAAAGCAACAAUCCAGUCUUUUUUUUAAAAAAAUUAUUAUGCUAGGAUCGCUAAUAAAACUGAAUUUGAAUUGGAAAAAUCUGGUGCGAGUUGGAAUUCCAACUCUGAAGGGAAAAUGCAAGUCCUGUGAUCUCUGCCAUCAUGCUUCCUAACUCUGAGCUGUCUAUGAGGCUUAGUGAGUAUUGAGUGGUGACUUUUUUUUUAUACAGGACUGUACCAUGUUAUCCACAUGACUUAAAUAAAUUUGAGUUGUUUUAAAGUGAUGCUUCAAA